AGGAGGAGGAGGAUGAAAAGGAGGGUGCGGAAGCAUGAACACACCGCCUCCCCUUCCAUCACGCACAGCUCAUCCUGCAAAGCAAAGGAAACUGUGCAAGAGAGACAGGAAGCGCGCACCUAAGAUUGAGAAAUUGUUUUGCAAGGCUACUUGGAGGCGAAGGGGGAGGUGGGGCAGCCCAUCUCAGAAAUGGAUUUUGCAAGGAGCUAAGUUCUUUGCAUUGCGUUCCUAGGCUGCCGCUUGUUGCCCUUCCCUCCUUCCCUGCUUCCUUCAGCCCCGCUCUCGAUUCCCCCUUUGGGCAGCAGCACGUGCUGAAAGGGCCCCCCGAAGAGGCAUAAGAUCUAGAUGGGGAACAGAUGACUUGCCCAGGCGUACUGCGGGGAUCAAUAGGAGCCAGCACGUCUAGGUUCUCUAUUUUCAGCCACAAUGUCACCCGAUGAAGUCAUCUACUUGGCAGUCCUUCUCGUUUCCAUCCCCGUCGGCUUCCUCUUCAAGAAAGGGGACCUGAGGAUCAAGCAGUUUGGAGGGGCAGCUGCGGGGCUCGUGCUCACACUGGCCACCUGCCACAUCCACACCCUCCACUCGCUUAUCACCAUCUUGGGGACGUGGCUGAUAAUCAACAUCUCACCAAGGGCCUGUCACUACCUGACACUUGGCUGGACCUUUUCCUACCUGCUCUUUUUCCGUACAAUUGGCUACUUUGGCUUCCCAGAGCCAACACCUUUCACCAAUGCCGUGCAGCUCUUACUCACUCUCAAGAUGGUGAGCUUAGCCAACGAAGUACAAGAACUCACUCGGGCGAAGAAACAGGAUGUGACAUCAUUUGCCAAGGGUCCAGUGAUUGGCGUGAUCCCUACAAUGCCCGGACUGGUGGAGAUACUGUGCUACAGUUAUUGCUAUGUUGGGCUCAUGACAGGCCCAUUUUUUCGCUACCGUACUUACCACGAUUGGCUGAACCAGCCUAACUCCACAAUCAUCCCUAGCUGGAAACCGCUGCUUUCGAGAAUGAAAAUGAUCCCCAUCUUUGGGGUCUUUUUCCUGGUGGUCUCUCACUUCUUCCCCCUCCAAUAUGUCCGCAGCGAUGCCUUCUAUGAACGGGGACUCCUGUUCCGAAUCUUCUACAUGGUACCCAUCUUCUUCGUCUUCCGCAUGCGCUUCUAUGUCGCCUGGCUCUGCGCCGAAUGCGCCUGCAUUUCUGCUGCCUUCGGUGCCUAUCCAACCACCGCCAAAUCACGGUCAGGCGGUGGGCCCACUGUGGAAUACGUGCCAAUCAGCAGCAACUCAGAUGAAGGGGGAGCGUCCAGCAUCACCUAUGAUUAUGAGACAAUCAAGAACAUUGAUCCACAUGGCACUGACUUCUGUGUCAAGGUGAAGGAUGGCAUGCGCUACUGGAACAUGAGUGUCCAAUGGUGGUUGGCGCAGUACAUUUACAAAAGCGCACCUGUCCGGUCCUAUGUCUUAAGGAGCGCCUGGACCAUGCUCAUCUCUGCAUACUGGCAUGGGAUUCACCCCGGCUACUACCUCAGCUUCCUUACCAUCCCACUCUGCCUAGCAGCUGAGGGGGCGAUGGAGAGCGGCUUCUUGAGGCACCUGACCCCUGCCGGCCGUCUCUAUGGCGACUGGGUGCAGUGGUUCCUGAAGAUGAGGGCCUAUGACUACAUGUGCAUGGGCUUUGUGCUGCUCACCUUCGAGGACACCGUCCGCUACUGGAGCUCCAUCUAUUAUUGCGUCCACUUGGGGGCAUUGGCCUUCUUCCUGCUGGGGAAAAGGCUGGGGCUCCAGAGAGCGUGGGCCUCCCAGAAGGACAAAGAUGGCGCUUUGGAGAAACCCCAGCGGCAGGAGUGAUGGGGCUGAGGCAAGGCCGGCAUAAGCCCUUGACGUGGAGUGCUUCCGAAAGGCCCUGGAGGCUGAGGGAGCAGAUGGGACUCAACAUAAGACUUGUUUUUUUAACCUGUGUUUCAUCGUUGAAACCACCAUUGAGGAUCUGACUAUAAGGAACCAGGAGUUGUGUCUCGAAAACUCAGCUCCUCACUUGUUCUCAUACCUGAGGACUUAGGAAUACCAACACCCAGUGCCAUGUCAUUUGGCACCAGUAUUUCUUUGGGCAGUGUGUGGGGAGGGAACUCCUAGAAAUCUAAACUUCUAACACCGUUGACUAUUAGAUUUUCCUACUGGCUUUUGUUCACCUUCCAAGAAAGGUCAGAAGUCCUGGCUCCUAGCAUCUCUGCAGAACUUGGUUCCUCUUUCUUUUCUAUUUUUUUUUAAACCUAAAACACACCCAUGUUACAGGAAGAGAAUCUGGGACUUUGCAAGAAUGACCAGAGCUCCAUCCCUAGCCUCAUUCCCAACCGUUCCCAGAUCUCACCUUGGAAUAGGGGUUUACUGCCAGGGGAAAGAGAAUAUUGCAGAUUUGCUACUGGGUGGUGGGUCAUCUGAGGAUACUAAGGUAAAAACACUGGCUCCCUCGGCCUGAAAGCAAGAUGAGCGCCGCAACCCCAUAGUCACAUUUCACGGGACUUAACCGCCCAGGGGUCCUUUACCUUCACCUUUUACUAAGGUAAAUAAAAGCCCCAACUUCCUUCAAGCAACUCUGCAAAAACCUGUGAGGCUGUUGCUGAGCCCCGAGUCAGUGAUUUCUACCACCCCCACCGUGGAAAAAAAUAGGGGUGAGAUUCUUGGAGGUGUCAGGACACCUCUGUAUCGAGGAGUUUAGCUCAGUAAGGCUAAUGCUUUAAGUACUGUACUGUGGAAUGGGAGAAGCCGAAACUAAGAAGCAAAAUGAAAAAUUUGCAUGCCACGUCAGCCACAUUUUAAAAUGUAUCGGUGGUGAUCUUCAGUUAUAGGGAGCUGAUUCAAGUGCAGCAAAUUUAAGCCUGUGGCUUGCAGAAUUUGCUUUAGGACACACAAAUUAUUAUCUCAAGGUUCUAAAACUUUUUUUUAUGUAUGUUGGGUUGGGAGCCCUGUGGGUUUUACACUGCAGAACCCAUGACUUGUCUGUACUUUUUGCCUGCCUCAUGGAUAACGUCUUUGCAUUCUGAAGAAAGUAAGAUGUAAAACAGCUCAUCUCUAUAAACAUUGUGACCCAGGUCCGAUGCAACUUUAUUGGAAGCCUGAAUGGGAAAUAAAAACCUUUUUUUAAAAAACAACAACGAAACAUC